GUAUUCUUCAGAGUGCUGAAUGGGAAACUUCAUUACAAUUUCACGGCCUUGGAUAACCUUAUGGAUCGCCUGUGGGAAAAUAAGCUAAUUCCAGGAUUUGAAUUGAUGGGGAAUCCAUCAGGAUAUUUUUCAGAUUUUGAAGAUAAAGAACAGGUAGUAAGAUGGAGAAACUUAAUUACACUUCUGGCCAGCAGAUACAUAGAUAGGUACGGAUUGGAGCACGUUGCUAAAUGGAAUUUUGAAACGUGGAAUGAACCAGACCACCAUGACUUUGACAAUGUGUCUAUGACAGUGAAAGGGUUUCUCAACUAUUAUGAUGCUUGCUCAGAAGGAUUAAGAGCAGCCAGUCCUCUACUAAAAUUUGGAGGGCCUGGGGAUUCCUUCCACCCCUUACCCAAGUCACCCAUAUGCUGGAGUCUUCUGUGUCAUUGCUACAACGGAACCAACUUCUUCACAGGGGAGACUGGUGUAAGGCUGGACUACAUCUCUCUCCAUAAGAAGGGAGGUGGGAGUUCUCUCUACAUCUUGCAACAAGAAGUAGAAGCAGUUGAACAAAUUCAGAAGCUGUUUCCAAAUUUUGCUUCUGUUGCCAUAUACAACGAUGAAGCAGAUCCAAUGGUUGGAUGGUCUGUUCCACAACUGUGGCGAGCUGAUGUGACCUAUGCAGCUAUGGUUGUAAAGAUAAUCAUCCAGCAUCAAAACCUGCUCAUUUCCAAAGCCAACAACACCAUCAACUACACACUGCUGAGUAAUGACAAUGCCUUCUUGAGCUACUACCCCCAUUACUUCACACAGCGGACUCUGACAGCACGUUUUCAGAUGAACAAUACAAGGCCACCUCAUGUCCAGAUGGUGCGGAAACCAGUGCUGACUGUCAUGGGCUUGCUGGCACUGCUAGGAGAAAAGCAGAUUUUUGCAGAAGUGAACAGCAGUGAAGGCGAAAGCACUCAAAACAGCACAAUUGGUGUCCUGGCAUCUGUGCACACCCCGAGUGAGAUGCAACCCUCAGACAGUUGGCAAGCUACUCUACUGAUGUAUUCAAGUGAGGAUAACAGGACUUCAUCCAACAUCAGCACUGUUACAGUGAACGCCACCCACUUCCCCAAACUUAGAGAGCUGGUGUAUGUGACAUAUUACCUGGAUAACAACCAAACCAAUCCCUACCUGAAGUGGAAAAGGCUAGGAAGCCCUGACUUUCCUUCCCCAGAACAGUUCCAGCAAAUAAGGGAUGCUGAGGACCCAGUGGCAACAGGCCCAUUCCCAUUUCCUGAAGGUGGCAUCCUGACGCUGAAGCAAGACUUUCCCGUUCCCUCAGUCUUUCUUAUCCACAUCUGUGCAAGACCCAAAUCUGUUCCUGAUCAAGUGACCGGUGUUCGUUUGAUCCCUCUCACAAAGGGGCAGGUCAUUGUGUUGUGGGACGAUGGCUGUGUAAAUUCAAAAUGUAUAAAGACAUUUGAAGUGGAGUUCUCACCAGAUGGAAAAGCAUACCAGCGGAUUAAUGCCAAAGACACAAUAUUCACUCUCUGGGUCUACAGUCCAGGAAGCUCAGUCUCCGGCUUUUACAGAGUGCGUGCCAUUGACUACUGGGGGAAGGCAGGCCUGUCCUCUCUUCCUGUGGAGUAUGUUGAAGCUUUCAAGUGACUCUGAAGAGUGGUGCCUGGCUUGGUGACUGAGUGGUGUAUGCUCCCUGCAAAUGACAACUCCCCAGAAAGAUAAACUCCUCCCAAGCUGAGAAGGGAGUAUCAAAAGGACCUGAUGAAUGCAAGUUAGAAGCAACUGCUCCUAUUAACUCUUCAGAGCUCAAAAGACAGCAUUAUCAAACAGCCACAACUGACUACCCAACUGGUACAACUGUAGGAGGCUGUAGGACUGGGAUUCAGCCUGGUAACUAGGAAUUAUGGGAAUAAAUAUUUAUUAUUCCCUAUUUUACACUGAGCUAAUGGCCAGGACAAACCGAAGAUUUAUAGAGGUCACAAACUGCAGCAGGAACAGGACCAUUGCUUCACUGUAUGAGUGAGGAUGGCAGCAAAGGCACAACGAGGACCUGACUGAGAGCGAACUGCCUGCCUCAGCUGCCAGGCUGUCUGGACAUAAAAGUUUGAUUGAAAAGCGCACAGCAACCAGACGCAUCCGGAGCAUGAAGUGAAGGAUCCCUGCUUCCCCGCCAGUUAGUCACACAUGCUCCAGUGGGUUAUUUCAGAGCAUUUGUGGCUGUUAAUUUGAUGCCGGAGCCAUCCCCCUCACACA